AUGGGUGAUAUCAAAAAGAACUCUGAGGAGGCAGCAGCUGACUUUGAGACGGCCAUUGCGGAGUGCGGCUUUGGGCUCUUCAAUAUCCUCAUGAUGUGCUGUGCCGCGCCCUGCCUCAUGGCCAUGGUGUUCUCUGCCUCGGCCAUGUCCUAUGUGAUGCCCACCGCCGAAUGCGAUCUGCAGUUGACGCCCUUCGACAAGGGUCUGCUCAAUGCCGUGACCUAUGGCGGUAUGAUCAUGGGCGCCAUACCCUGGGGCUUCAUAGCCGACACCAUGGGCCGCCGUCCGGUGCUCAUUUGGGGCGGAUGGAUCGAUGGCAUCUUUGUGCUAUGCGCCGCCCUCUGUCAGGACUCGACACAGCUGAUGGUGUUUAAGUUUUUGGAUGGCCUAAUCAUUUGCGGCCCAUUUGCGGUGGUCGUCAGCUAUUUGGCGGAAUUCCAUGGCAAAAAGCAUCGCCCCUACGUCAUGCUAUUUGUGGGUCUCUGCGUUUCCGCUGGUGCCACCUGUGUGCCGAUUCUGGCCUACCUAUUGCUGCCCGUGCAUAUACUUUUCUCCGUGGGCAAAAUGAAUUUUCAUACCUGGCAAAUUUUCUUGCUGGUCACAGCGUUGCCCAUUUUAUUAAGCGGCUUUCUGCACAUCUUUCUGCCCGAAAGUCCCAAGUUUCUGAUGGCUCAGGGCCAGUACAACAAGGCACUGGAAUCCCUACAGCGAAUAUACGCCGUAAACAAGCGCAAGACGCGCGAUUCGUAUUCUGUGAAACAUCUCACCGAUGCCACGCCCGAUCGCUCAAAUGCCCCGGAUCGCCCGCCACAACAACGCUUCACUCAAGCAAAACUGAAAUUCCUGGAGGGCGUGGGACAACUCAGACCGAUGUUCUCCAAGCCUUAUUUGUGCAUUUCGCUGCAGGUCUACUGCCUGCACUUUUGCCAAAUAAUGUGCGUGAGUUCGGUGCGGCUGUGGCUGCCACAGAUCUUUGCCACCAUGCACACUUUCGAGCUGCAGGGCAUCAACGAUACGAGCAUGUGCAACGUCCUAGACCACAACUCGCAGGUGCGCAGCAUGGACUCGGAAUCGAUGCGGCAGGAGUGCGACCUACACAUGGAUCCGGGCAUCUACAAGGAUAACAUCAUUGUGGCAGCCGUAGGUGUUUUUGGAUUUCUGAUGAUUUUUCCGCUGAUGCGCAUACCCCUGGUGGCCAAUCAUAUAUUGAAAGUAUUCCUCUUUGUGUGCGUCUUCCUGGCUGGUGGCUUAUACUUUGCCAAAUCCGCGCUGGUCACAAUGAUAAUUGCCUCGGUGUAUGUCACAAUGAUGGGUGUCUGUGCAACAAUUAUUAUUGGCAUGUCUGUGGUCAUGUUUCCCACACUAAUGAGAACAAUGGUUCUCAUGCUGAUUAUGACCUUUGGGCGACUCGGUUCGGUGGCUGGCAAUAUCUUGUUGCCGGUUUUCAUGCAAAUCAGCUGCCAUGCCCCAUUCCUCUGGCUGAUGGCACUCAUGAGCAUUGCGUUUAUAUUUUCGGUCUUUCUGAAGGUCGAUGUGCAGCAACCGCUGGCCUGAGGCUCACGCAGAGAAAACUUCUGGUUUUGCUGUUAAUAAAUGAGGAAUUUUACUCUAA